AUGGGGCAAAGCAGCUGCGGGAAAUCUCGGGAGCGAGUCAGAGAGUGCCGUCGCUACCUUCUGCGAGGCCGUGAUGCUCGCAAAGGAGGCGGCGGAAAGGGAGAGGCUGCCUCCUCUCUUCCCUCCCGCAACAGACGCACUAGACGUCGAAGGGUGGCCGACCUGCGGCCGACGACAGACUCGGGGCGUCUAGUGGACCGAUACCCAUCGGGGGUUGCGACGAAUAUUUCGAUGAUACCCUCCGACACAUUAGGUUGGUUUUUAGUCGGCCAAGAGGGCGGCGGGCCACCAUAUUUAAAAAGAGUAACCAUGGAGUUUCUUGCUCGUUCUUCUCCAACGGAAUCUACACUUUGGAACGAGCAAAUAGCUUCACUAAGAGGACUGACCGACACACUGACACUUCAAAACAUCUUCAAAAUUUUGUUUGACGUUCGAAAGUGCCUGUAA